AUGAAGGACGAGCCAAGAAGCCAAGGGAAAACAAAACUCUUCUUCCUUAUCUAUUUCCAACAAAAUCACCCCUCAAUCGCCAUAUUUUUCCCUCAGAGUUUUAGUCGAUAUCGUCAGCCUUUAGAACCUCCGAAUAGCACCCAAGAAUCCAUCGCGAUCAGCCAAAAAACAAAAAAGGGAGGAAUCCGCAAGAAAAAUUAUUUCGCCCCAGCCUUCUCUCCAUUACCGCGAACCCGCAAGCAGCCGUUCGAGGCCUUCGCCGAGCAGCACACGUUUUUCCGAUCUGAGUCGAGGUCGUCUUUCCAUCACCAGCGGUUGUCUGGGGAGUUCACCAUGGCCGUUUUGGACCUUCAAUUUAAGCCGUAA